AUGGAACCAAAUUCAAAACGUCAGCGUCUUGAACAAGACCCAGAGACUUUUGAACCUCUUAAAGAAAAGGUCGAGCCAUCGAGAGAUCUCUACCUAGAUACCAUCAACAGACACAUGCUAGAUUUUGACUUUGAGAAAGUAUGCUCAGUUUCACUUUCUCAUUUGAAUGUCUAUGCUUGCCUAGUGUGUGGAAAAUACUAUCAAGGACGUGGCAAAACAUCCCAUGCUUAUUUUCACAGUAUGCACAAAGACCAUCAUGUGUUCAUCAAUCUUCAUACUCUCAAGGUUUAUGUACUUCCUGAAGGUUAUGAAGUCGAUGAUCCUUCAUUGAGUGAUAUAAAGUACGUCUUAAAACCUGUCUUGACCAAAUCACAAGUUAUGCAAUUGGACAAAAACCUCAAGCCUUCAUAUGAUCUCAACAACAAGAAGUAUCUGCCUGGAUUUGUGGGUUUGAACAAUGUAAAGGCAAAUGAUUAUGUCAAUGUAAUUAUCCAAGCCCUUGUUCACAUCCCUCCUCUCCGUGAUUAUUUUAUUCUCGAAGAUUUUGAUAAACUUGGGCGUUCUCAACUAGUAACCCGGUUUGGCGCACUGGUACGGAAAAUGUGGAAUCCAAAGGCAUUCAAAGGACAAGUCAGUCCACACGAACUUCUUCAGGAAAUUUCAAAUGCAAGUGGAAAACGAUUUAAAUUGACAGAACAGAGCAACGCAAUUGAUUUCCUUUCCUGGUUCCUGAACACCCUUCACAGAGAUCUUGGAGGAAGUAAAAAGAAAAAUAGCAGCAUUAUCCAUCGCAUUUUCCAGGGAGAGGUUUCGGUAGAUUCCCAAAGUAUUGGUGCUACAGGUGGUCCAGGAAACAAGGAGGCUCUAUUGAUUUUUGAUGAAGAUCGAGAAAUCAAGUCUGUUCGUCUUCCUUUCCUUUUCCUUGCGCUUGACCUCCCUUUGGCUCCCCUUUAUCAGGAUGAAACCGAAAAGAAUAUUAUUCCCCAAGUUCCUUUGACAACUAUUCUUGGAAAAUAUGAUGGAAAGAGGGUUCAGGAAGUUGCUGAUCAAAAGAAGAGAUAUCACAUCACACUCCUUCCUGACUACCUAAUCUUUCACAUCAAACGGUUCAACAAAAACAACUGGACCACAGAAAAAAACCCUACAAUUGUAAACUUUCCUAUCAAGAAUGUCGACAUGGCCAACUGUAAUGAUCCAGAUGCCAAGAAUGUUGGAACUCAUUAUGACUUAUUAGCCAAUAUCUGUCAUGAAGGUAAGGCUGACAAUGGUCAGGGAACCUACAAGGUCCACGUCCGUCAUCGUGGAACAGAACAGUGGUACCAGAUUCAGGAUUUGAUUGUUGAAGAGAUCGUACCUCAAAUGAUCUUUUUGUCAGAGAGUUACAUUCAGAUCUGGGAACGUAAACGUAGUGUAGAGGAACCAGUAUCCAAAUAA